AUGGCGGAUGACGAGAAUUUCUCAAGCGUUGCUGACGCAUUACAAGCUGGCCUUGAGAAUUUGGGGAAGUGGAGCCGGAAAACGGAUGAGACGGACGUGUACUCUAUUUGCUUGGCUCUAGAUCCUAACUACAAACUCGAGUAUGCACGAGCACAAUGGGACGCAGACGCCUUUGAUGAAGGGAAGAAAAAGCUUGAAGCUGCAUUCGACUACUAUCACGCGCCGGUUACACCUCAGCCCUCACCAUCCGAACCCAUUCCACCAGCAUCCAGUCAACCACCCACACAAUAUGGGCAUUCGUGGAUGCGAUCUGCAAUUCUAGCUCGCCAAUCAUCUGAAAAAAGCAUCGCUGAUCCACGUCACGAACUCGCCCUAUACUUAACUAGCCCAUUGGAGGAGGUGGCUGAUGUGGUUCGCUGGUGGGGGGCGUCUGAACGCCAAACUGAACGUGAACUGAACGUCCCGAACGCGUUUGACUACGUUCGGUCCAGCGUUCAGCGAAAUCGCCGAACCGAACGCAACGGGACUCCAGUUCAGCAUUCGCCGAUUUUCCUGGUGUAUGGGAUUGUAUUUUUCAAUCGCGAACUUCGAACUGACGAGACAGCAUAUGAAUGGUGGAGUUAUCUGGACAAAGACCGAUCUGGGGAUGCUCAACCACUUGCAUCCAACCAGAGGCUCGCUGUCCGGAUUUUCUCGCUUGUACCCAACUCAAUGGCUGAUGAGCGGACUGGCUCAACAUUCACAUGGCUCAACUCACCGCUUCGCAGUCGGCAGCAGGCACCGCCUCCAAAAAAGAAACCAACUGUCAAAUGGCGCGAUAUGACAUCGACCAUUUUUAGUGGCAAGCACAAGCGAGGGAAGGGAGACAACGACGAUGACAACAGUGAAAAUUCUGACGUGGACGAUGAUUUUGCAGAUGAAGCACCUAACGAGCCAGACAUGGACAACGACGACUCAGAGUUGGAUGUCACUGACCCCGACGAUAUAGCUGAAGAUGGCUCGAAAAAGGUGGAUUCUUUUGACGGCGAGUCUUUUGAUGCUGCCAGUGUCAUAAAUCUCGAUUCCAGGAGGCUAGUUGAUGUGCUUGCUGACAAGGAUCUGGCACCUGCAGCACCGAGGAAUACCAUCACUCUUCCACCGGCAAGCACUGUUGUGCAAGACAAGGUCUUGACCGAAGCAGACUGGGACAUGACAUAG